UGGAGGACAAUAACCAUUGGCAGAUUGGCAAGUCUGUUUUGGAACGUAAUGAACAUAUGCUGACCAAUCAGGUGAUGUGUGAUGUUACCUUCAUAGUAGGACAUGAUCAGUCUCCUAUUAAAGCACAUAAAUACAUGUUAGCCAGCAGUAGUCCUGUAUUCUUUAACAUGUUUAAUGGAGCAGUGGCUGAGAAAGGCAAUGUGAGAAUUCCAGACGUAAAGGCUGAUGUCUUUAAUGAACUACUACAGUUUAUUUACACAGAAGAAAAUAACAUCACCAAUGAAAAUAUUCAUGACAUGAUUUAUGUCGCAGACAAAUACAUGAUGGAUGAAUUAAAGGUCAAAUGUGAUCACUUUCUUAAAAUGAAAAUGAAUGAAACCACGGCAGUUGCAAUUUUACAUACAGCACACAGUUUCAAUUUAGAAGAAACUAUUGAUAAAGCUAUGUUCAUUAUAUGCUGCAAACCAGAGGAAUGCCUUUCAACAGCAGAAUUUAUUCGUCUAUCCAGGCGAUGUGUCGAGAUGAUUUUGAAGUGCAAUGUAAUGAUUUGUCUAGAGGAGUUCCUGUAUGACGCGGUUCUAAAGUGGGGAGGACAUCAGUUGGAAGAGAAAAAUCUAGAGAUGAAUGAUAAGAAUGUAAGAGAUGAGCUUGGAGAUCUUUUAUACCUUGUUAGGUUCCCAAUCAUGAAACAAGAUUACUUCUCCAGACAAAUUUCCACCAGAGAUAUCUUAACUAAAGACGAAAUAGUCAAUGUUUUUCAAUCAUUUAAUGAUCAGCAAUUAACCAGUUGCAAGUUUAGAACAGAGAAGAGACUUCCAAAACCAAUACCUUUCUUCAGGUGUGAGGUAAACAAUAAUCGCAACGCCAGAUGGAUAACCAAAUAUGAUGAUGACUUAGAUUUCAAAGUUGACAGAGAUUGCUUUUUAAAAAGUGUGAUCAUAUUUACCCCAAGGGUGACAGGUAAGACCUUGCCAGAGUUAAGCCCGACCAUCCUCAUAACAUCCACUGAAGGAAAUAACCUGAGACCCAAAACAAACUGGAUGGAGAAAUUGGAUUUAACAACAUCAAGUGUGCAUUCAGAAACUGUUACCCAUGUGUUUUAUAUUCCAGUACCAGUCAAAAAGGAAGUAAGAUACACCAUUCAUUUCAUGAUGGACAUUUCAGCUAACUUUUUUUUCUUUAACACAGGUAAAGACUAUAGACCUACAGUGACUGUAGAUGAUAUUACAGUUACCUUUCUUAAAGCAAACGCACAGAGCCAGACAGAUGUCAAUCAAGGUCAAUACAUGGGAAUUGAACUUGGUAAAAUAGAAUAUACAUAAUAAGAAACUUUCAAGUAUUUCUUAGAGAGUAUAUAACAGUUUAUUAUCUCCCUUUGAAGAAAUUGCAAAGUGAGACAUUAUCUUAACCUAUUAUGAAGUGACGGCAUCCUCGGUACCUUAUGCUAUUUUUAGUAAGGUUCAUUUCAGAAUAAGUUGUUAUGAAACAUUAUUGACUGUUUGGUACAUGUAUAGGAUUGUAUCAGUAU